CGGGGACACCAGCUUCACCUGCCACUUCACGCUGUACCUUGCACCUUCGCCACAGCCAUGAAGGAAAAGCAAAGGCUUGAGGAUACCAAGGAGUUAACCCUGAAAUUUGAAUUCAACCCCAAAGACGGGAUUGAUAACCCAGCCCUAUCACUGGCAGAGGACUCCGAUACAGAAGACGCAGGGAAGCCACGAUUCUACCUGCUGACCAAGGGUGAUGGGGAGAGCUUCGGGUUCUCCCUACGUGAGGAAGUGGGGUACAAGGGGCACAUCAUCCGGCAGGUUGCCUGCGGGGGGAUGGCCCAGCGCAGGGGCCUGCAGGACGGGGACCGGAUCCUGGAGGUGAAUGGUGAAUACGUGGACAACAUGGAACACUUCAGGGUGGCGCAGAAGAUCAAGGCCAGUGGUAACCAGGUCGCUGUCGCAGUCCUGGAUGGCAAUGCCUACGAAGUUGCAAAAGCCCUCGACAAGAACCUGGCAGAGCUGCUGCCGGGCCACACCAGGCCGCGGCUCUGCCAUGUCGUGAAGGACAAAAGUGGCUUUGGCUUCAGAGUUUCAGCUCCAGAAGGUGUGAAGGGCACGUUCCGGCUGUCCGUGACGAGCAACGGCCCAGCAGAUAAAGCGGGUGUCCCCUCUGACUCCUGGCUGCUUGAGCUGAAUGGGGCCAGUGUGAGGAACUACACUUAUGCACUGCUCACCAGGAAGCUCAAGCAGAGUGGCAGCAAAGUGACCCUGCUGGUGAUAGAUGCCAAGUCGGAGGAGUUCUACCGGCUGCAGGGUGUCAGAGUCAUAGCUGCCAUGGCCGAUGCCGCCACGCUGCCCUUCAAGGCCAGGAAACUGCACAUGGUGAAAGGUCCAGAUGGCUACGGGUUCCUGCUGAAGGAAGAGAGGGGCAGCUCAGGGAGGAUGGGCCAGUUCCUGUGUGAGAUGGAUACCGGGCUGCCAGCCGACAGGGCAGGGAUGAGGGAUGGAGACCGGCUCCUGGCCGUGAACGGUGAGGGCGUGGAGGGGCUGUGCCACCAGGAGGUGGUGGACAUGAUCCGCGCUAGCGGCAACCAGGUGACGUUGCUGGUGAUUGAUCCGGAUGGAGACAAAUUCUACAGCUCGGGCCCCAGGAGCUGUGAGCCUCAGGCUGCUUGGUUUUCCAGAUGGGGCUGUCCCCGCUACUGUUCUGUGAAGAUGGGCACCCUUCAUCGGGCACUCACACGGCCUCAGGAUCUCAUCCCAGCAUGCCUCAGCGAAAUGGCACGCCCAUUGGCACGCCCCGCCUCUGCCACCUGGACAUGGGGCUGGAAGGGUACGGAUUCCAGCUGCAGACCAUCACCGACAAGCCGGGGGUCUUUAUCACACAGGAGCCACGGUGUGAGGACUGGAAGGGACGGAGCCAGUCAUUCUAGCCACUCUGUGCUGGACCUGUGGGCUCAGCGCAAUCCCAGCUCUGGAGCGGCUACAAACCAUGGCCUAGACCAGCCCUGGACAUGCGAUUUUGCACGCACAAUAACUUGCACUUUGAUUCUUCCCUUGAUUUUAUUUUCUGGUGAGCUGCUACACCAAUCAGCUGAUCUUGGGACUUUAAAGCUGCCACUUCUCCUGUGAUUGGUCUCAGAGAUUAAGGGCUGGCCCAGUGUGGGAGCAGGGACCAGAACAGGUGAGGUCAGUGAAAUAAGGAGGUUCAGGGGCCUGCACCUAAGGGAAACCAAUCACCCACCUGGCUUAGGCUUCACACCGACUUUUUAUUAACAGACACAGUGGCACCAUGUGUAACGGAAGGACAAUCUUGUCUCUUCACCCCUUUUGCUGAUAGCACUGGCUCUGCCAAGGAGCUGUACCUGGGGGUGCUGCAACAAAGCAUGGAGGUUUGGAGAUAGUAAAGUUGCUGCAUUGGGUUCUAAUUGUGGCUUUUACAAGUUAACCUCCCCAGCUGCAUAGUUUGGAGAGACGCUGAGGUUAGGGGCAGUAAAACCCUGCCUCCUGAGAGGUUGUGGCACAUGGGCUUGGGAGGAAGGGGUGCAAUGGACCGGGCUCUCUGUUAAGAAUCAAGAAUUAUCUGGGGCAGGAAUGGCAGGGGGGGUCAGCAGUUGCAUGGCACGCAGGGGGCAGGGCCCCAAACAGUUACUCCCUUUUCCUGGCGCCUGACCCCCAUGGUGUAAGUUCCCAGCUAGCUGAGGAUCUGGCCCCUUGUAUUGUGCCACGCAUAGACCCCCCCUCCCCG